AACCACUUUAAUAAAUUAGUAAAUAAACUAAACCUAUAUUAAUUGUAAAUAAACCCAAAAAACUGUUUCUAGAAGCAAAAACGCCAUACGACACGUGGCGAUCAUUGCAAUAAUAUUCCGUAAAUACUUUACUGAGAGAAUUUCUAUAAAUUCCUUUUCUCAUUCAUAAACUAUUGUUUGUAUUACAGAAAAUUGAAUUAACGUUCUAUUCGGAUGAUUCUUUAUAACUUAUUCCAAAUACAGUUACUGUAUUUCGAUAAUGCCGGAACCUCUAAUGAUCCAUAAACUCCGAUCAAAAAAUUAUAAAGACAUUGAGAAUUGAACCUUUUUCCUUACUUCUUUCCCUCUUUUCAAUUAUUUCAAUUAUUUCUUUUAAAUUAAAUUAAAGAUGUCACUUACUUUAUAUAUAGUAAGACACGGAGAACGUAUGGAUCAUGUAGAGCCAAGUUUUGUUUACACUUCACCUACGCCUUUUGAUCCACCAUUGACUCCAAGAGGAAAACGACAAGCCAAACAAACUGGUUCUUAUAUUUAUACACUUCAACAAGAAUCUAUUUCUAAUGAUACAAAAAGGAAUGCAAAAUUUUUUAUUAUAACAAGUCCAUUUGCACGUACAACAGAAACGGGUAUCGGUAUUGCAGAAGGAAUAUCUGCGUCAGAACCAAAUUCAAAAAUAAAAUUUAGAAUUGAUUCGUCAUUAGCAGAAUGGCAUACUUCAGCUUAUUUUCCUCAAGCUGUACCAAAUAGUAUCAUUAGCAAAAGGUUUGAAGAGAUACAUGAGAAGAGUGGCAAAGAAGAUAAUAGUAAUUAUCCUUUUGAAGUUGAUUUUUCUUAUACACCAGUACUUAAUGAACUUCCUAAAUAUCCUGAAGGAAUACAUGAAGUACUUAAAAGAUGUCAAAGUGCUUUGGCAGGAAUAUCAUCUCCAUUCAUUCAACAAAUUAAACAAAGUAGAUCAUCUGAAGAUAGUGAAAAGUUAGAUACUGAUGUAGUAUUAAUUAUGGUUACUCAUGGAUGGUGCUUUAAUGUUAUUCAAGAAGCUUGUUCUAAAUCUGCUGGUUGGAAGGAAGCUGGAUUUUGUGCAGUAUCUAGAGCUAAAUGGAUACCAAAAGAAGAUUCUGAAGGUGUUGAAGGUGGUGGGAUCCCCGAUAUCACAGUCAGUGAUGUUAACGAUACUGAUGACAGUGAAAAAACUGAAAUUGAAAGGAAAAAUGAAGAAGCUAUUAAUUCUUUAAAUGCUGUAAAUCCUGAUGGAAAAUGGAUCAUAGACGUCAGUGCAAAUACUGAUCAUAUAAAAGGAAUUUAAAAAUAUUACACUUUAUUUUUCUGUAUAUUUCAUUAAGCAUUUUUUUGUUGUUAAAUAAUAUAAAAUGAAAAAAUAAAUAACUUGUUUAUAAUUUAUGUAAAGUCGUAUAAUAAACAGAUUCAAUAAAAUUUAUACUUUAACAGCAAAUUUUUGUUUCACAGGUGGCUACACAAAAUUAUUUUUUUUGCUGAAAUAUUGAUCUAAUUGUAAAUUAAUAGUAAUUUAUGAGUAGAAUAAGUUUCCUUAAAUGCAAAGUUUGGUAAAUACAAGUUU